AAAAUGGCGGCGCGGCGGAAGAGCCCCGACACAAUAACGCCUCCUUAGAAAACACAAAACUUAGCUGAACUUUUCCCCGCCGGGUUCGGAGCCCGUCCCGUCCCGGACCGGACCGGCGCGCUCCCGGGGUCGUGACGUCACCCGUCCCGGUUCGGCGCCGCGGCCCGGAGAUGAGCCCCUGAAGUCCGUCGAGUUUGCGGCGGAUUCGGCCCGUUUGGCUCCUCUGAAGCGCUCCAAGAUGGCGGCGGCGGCGUCGUAUGACCAGCUGCUGCGCCAGGUGGAGGUUCUGAAGAUGGAGAACUCCAACCUGCGGCAGGAGCUGCAGGAUAACUCCACCCACCUGAGCAAGCUGGAGACCGAGGCCUCAAACAUGAAGGAAGUGCUGAAGCAGCUGCAGGGCACCAUAGAAGAAGAAGCCAGCGAGGCCGGCGGCUCACAGCUCGAGCUCAUCGAGCGUCUGAAAGAAAUGAGCCUGGAGCCGUCGGGCUUCAAGCCGCGAGCGAAGCCCCCGGGCGGGCCGUCCUCCUCCAGCAGCUCCGCCUCCUCCGCCUCCGGCUCCGGCUCGGGCUGCGGAGCCGCCGCCGCGUUCCCCAGGAGAGGCCCUCUGCCCGAUGGAGGGCCCGGCCACGGGGCCCCGCCCUACCUGGAGGAGCUGGAGAAGGAGAGGUCUCUCCUAUUGGCUGAGCUGGAGAAGGAGGAGAAGGAGAAGGACUGGUAUUACACUCAGCUGCAGAACCUCACCAAGAGGAUCGACAGCCUGCCGCUCACUGAGAAUUUCUCGCUGCAGACCGACAUGAGCCGGCGGCAGCUGGAGUUCGAGGCUCGACAGCUGCGAGCCGCCAUGGAGGAGCAGCUGGGCUCCUGCCAGGAGAUGGAGAGGAGGGCGCAGGCGCGUGUCACUCGGAUCCAGCAGAUUGAGAAAGACAUCAUGCGUCUCGGUCAGCGGCUGCAUGUGCACGCCCAUGUGGACAAGGAGGUGGAGGGAUUGCCGGGGCCGAGCGAUGGCAGCGGAUUGGCCGGUGCCCAGAGCUCUGGCAGCCGAUUGGACCAUGAGCCGACCAGUGAGGCGAGCCUGGGGGUGGGCUACUCAGUCCCUCGACGAAUCACGAGCCACCUGGGAACCAAGGUGGAGAUGGUGUACAGCCUGCUGAGCAUGCUGGGAACUCACGACAAGGACGACAUGUCGCGCACGCUGCUGGCCAUGUCCAGCUCGCAGGACUCGUGCAUCGCCAUGCGACAGAGCGGCUGCCUGCCGCUGCUCAUCCAGCUGCUGCACGGCAACGACAAGGACUCCCUGUUGCUAGGUAACUCGCGUGGCAGUAAGGAGGCUCGUGCGCGCGCCUCGGCGGCGCUGCACAACAUCGUGCACAGCCAGCCGGACGACAAGCGCGGGCGGCGGGAGAUCCGCGUGCUGCACCUGCUGGAGCAGGUGAGGCUGUACUGCGAGACGGCCUGGAGCUGGCAGGAGAAGCACGAGAGGGGGGCGGAGCAAGACGACAACCCCAUGCCCUCUCCGGUGGAUCAUCAGAUCUGUCCGGCGGUGUGUGUUCUGAUGAAGCUGUCGUUUGACGAGGAGCAUCGCCACGCCAUGAACGAGCUCGGCGGCCUGCAGGCGAUCGGCGAGCUGCUGCAGGUCGACUGCGAGAUCUUCGGUCUGACCAGCGACCACUACAACGUGACGCUGCGCCGCUACGCCGGCAUGGCGCUCACCAACCUCACCUUCGGAGAUGUGGCCAAUAAGGCCACGCUGUGCUCCAUGAAGGGCUGCAUGCGCGCCAUGGUCGCCCAGCUCAAGUCGGAGAGCGAGGACCUGCAGCAGGUGAUCGCGAGCGUUCUGCGGAAUCUGUCAUGGCGAGCCGACGUCAACAGCAAGAAGACGCUGCGCGAGGUCGGCAGCGUGGGGGCGCUGAUGGGCUGCGCGCUCGAGGUCCAGAAGGAGUCGACUCUGAAGUCGGUACUGAGCGCGCUCUGGAACCUGUCGGCGCACUGCACGGAGAACAAGGCGGAGAUCUGCGCGGUGGGCGGGGCCUUGGCCUUCCUGGUGAGCACGCUGACGCACCGCAGCCACAGCAACACGCUCGCCAUCAUCGAGAGCGGCGGAGGGAUCCUACGCAACGUCUCCAGCCUCAUCGCCACCAACGAGGCCCACAGACAAAUCCUGCGUGAGCACGGCUGCCUGCCCACGCUGCUGCAGCAGCUCACCUCGCACUCGCUCACCAUCGUCUCCAACGCCUGCGGGACGCUCUGGAACCUUUCCGCCCGCAACCAGCGCGACCAGGAGGCGCUGUGGGAGCUGGGCGCUGUCGGCAUGUUGCGGAGCCUCAUCCACUCCCGCCACAAGAUGAUCGCCAUGGGCAGCGCCGCCGCCCUGCGCAACCUCAUGGCCAAUCGGCCAGCUCGAUUCGCCAAAGAUGCGGCGGUGGCGGCGAUGGGCGCUUCUUCUUCGGGGGUUCUGACACCGUCACUUCCCGCCCGGAAACACAAAGCCCUGUUGGACGAGCUGGACGCGCAGCAGCUGUCAGAGACCUUCGACAACAUAGACAACCUCAGCCCCAAAGCAGCCAAUCGGAAAGCAAGAAGUGGCGGAGGAGGCGGGACUUAUGAAUCAGGAAGUAGGGAGAAAGCAAAAUAUGCAAAUGUGGCAGUUUUGGAAGGAAAAAAGGUUAAGCAGAAGGGGAUUGGGGGAGAGAGGGAGGAGGGGAAGUGGGGUGGGGUAGUGGGCGGGGUUUUGGGGAGUGAUGAAGUCACCUAUGCCAGGAAUUUCCCGCCAAAAGCAGCAGCAGUGGCACCUCCGCCACCGAAAUUCGAAAACCGAGCAUCUAGCGAUAGCCUGAACAGCGUGACGAGCGCUGAUGGGUACAAGUCAAAAUCCGAGGCGUGCUAUUCAUCGGAAGAGUGUGAUGCCAUCGGGGUGGGCGGGGCGAGCAGCGGCUCCAAGUUCUGUGCAUACAGGAAGUACCCAGCAGAUCUGGCGCACAAAAUCCGUAGCGCCAAUCAUAUGGAGGACGAUGAUGAUGCCGAUUUGGACACACCCAUCAACUAUAGCUUGAAGUAUUCAGACGAACAGUUGAAUUCUGGGAGGCAGAGUCCAAAUCGGACACAGGAAGUAGGGGAAGAGGAAGUAGGAAGGAGAGGGGCAGGGUUUCGGGGCUAUACAGGAAGAAAAGAAACAGGAAGUGGGGGGGACACGGGUGGGAUGCGACGUCAAAGAUUUGUGGUGGUGCCGCCGGCAGGCUAUGACAUUAUGGGCAGCGGCGAGGACGACAAGCCGACCAACUACGGCGAGCGCUACGCGGAGGGGGAGCGGCCGGAGGAGCAGCCAAUCGACUACAGCCUCAAAUACGACGUCACCUCUGUGGGGAAUUCCGCUCCCUGCUCAGUAUCGUCUUCUUCGUCGGUGUUUAAAUCACCAACGAAAGAUGCCGCAGGCUCAGCCCCUUCCUCAGCUGCUUCAUCGUCCUCUUCCACAUCCCUGUCAUCUGUUUCAGCCCCCUCGACCAAUCAGAACACUCAGCUUCGCCCCCAGAACGCAACGGCAGUCAGCAAUGCUAAUCCUCGCAUCUUGCCGGGAAAAAUCAACCAGGAAACACUUCAGACAUACUGCGUGGAGGACACGCCCAUCUGUUUCUCACGUGGGAGUUCACUGUCAUCACUUUCAUCGCAGGAUGAUGAUGAUGAUGUCAUUGAUAGGAAGGGGCGUAGCCAGGAAAAAGGUGGGAAUGACUACCCGACACUUCCCAUUUCUGAAAAGGAAACACUGGAAAAGAGGCGGCGUGAGAAAGAAACCAUCCAAGCUGUAAGUGCCAUUCCAAAGCCGAAGCGAAGCCACGCCCCUUCCCAACAGAUGACAUCAUCAUCAGGCGCCCACACGCCAAAGAGUCCGCCAUUAUUGGAGGACGAAACACCGCUGAUGUUCAGCCGCUGCACGUCUCUCUCCUCACUGGAUAGCUUCGAGGCACCAUCGUCGCUCGCCAGCUCGCUACCCAGCUUGCCUUGUGGCAGCAGCGGUGUGCCGAGUGGCGUGGUGAGCCCCAGUGAGCUUCCUGACAGCCCAGGCCAGACGGCACCGCCCUCCAGGGCCAAGACGCCACCUCCUGAAGCAACAAAAGCAAAGGAAAUGGCGAAAGAAGCAGAGAGGAAGUCAAAGCGGAGAGGAGUGAACGGUGGCGAAGAAAACGAAAGCAGUGGUGAUGUUUUGUUGCACUUUGCUACUGAAUCCACGCCGGCUGGGUUUUCGCGAGCAUCCAGUCUGAGCGCGCUCAGUUUGGAUGAGCCGUACAUACCCAAAGAAGAUGAAAAACUCGGAAAAAUGACAAAGAAAAUCAAGAAAAGUGGCGAGGAAAACAUUGAAACCGAAAGUCAAAAGGAGAAAAAGGCUGCAAAUCAGACACAGAGGGAGGCAGAGCCAGCUGAGCUUCUCGACGAAUCAGAUGACGAUGAUGACAUCUCGAUUCUGGAGGCGUGCAUUAACUCUGCCAUGCCUAAAUCUUCGCGGAAACCCAAAUCAAAAACGACAGCGCCGCAAAUUUCUGCCACUGUGUCAGUCUCUUCUUCCUCUUCAGCACCGUCUUUGCCAUCUUCUUCUACUGCGAUUAAUCGCAGCAGCAGCAGCAAACCAAGCCAACUUCCUGUCUACAAGCUUCUACCAACUUCAGCGGCCAUGCAGCAAAGCCGUGGCCAAUCACAGCCCAGGAAAACAAUGAUGAAAACAGCAACGCCGCCCAAUGAGGAAGUCCCACGCGUCUACUGUGUCGAGGGAACGCCACUCAACUUCUCAGCUGCUACAUCACUCAGCGACCUCACCAUUGACUCGCCACCGGCUGAGCCACUCCUCCUUGCCUCGCCACUUCCUGUUCUGCCCCUCCAGUCCACUUCUCCCAAUCAGAACCAGAGGAAACGGCAGGAAAAUCUACCAGAAGGUGAUGAAAACGAAGAAAGUGAAGCCAUUUUGGCAGAGUGCAUCAGCGCUGCCAUGCCUAAGGGGCGUCGCCAAGCCCCACCCCCUCCUGCUGCACAUCCCCCUCAAGCUGCACUUCCCCCUCAAGCCCCGCCCCUUCUCUCAGCACCCACACCCCAAGCGCCACCUCUUCCUUCUGGUCCCAAACUUCCUGUUUCCUCUUCCUCAUCAUCAACGUCAAAUUCAUCGCAGCAACAGAAACUCCUCCUCCUCCAAUCACAGCAAGGGGGUGGGGCUAAAAAGAAGCCAACAUCCCCUGUGAAGCCAAUGCCUCAGAAGGCAUACACCUCCUCAAUUGCCAUGGUGACCAAAGCAGCCAAUCAGAAACCAGGAUUUGCCUUUGACUCGCCGCGCCACUACACACCGAUUGAGGGAACACCAUACUGCUUCUCACGAAAUGAUUCGCUGAGCUCGCUGGACUUUGAUGAUGAUGAUGCUGAACAACAGGAAGUCAUAGAGGAGGAGGGGGAGGGGCAUAGGAGAAGGAGGAGGCGGAGCCAGGAGGAGAAACGUGCCAAAACAGAGGGAAAACGAGAGGAAAAGCGCCAAACCAACACAGAAAUUUUGGCCAAAUUUGAGGCAGGAAGCGAGGAGAAAGCACAGAAAGGGGCAGAGCCAAGACCGCCGCCACCACCCCAGCCAGUGAGUGACGAGCGGCAGCGCUUCGCUGCCGUAGAAGACACGCCCGUCUGCUUCUCCCGCAACUCCUCAUUAAGUUCAUUAAGUGACAUCGACCAGGAGAACAACAACAAUGAAUUCCCACCAAAACACCAGGAAGUGGAGGACAAGUCUCUUCCUGUUUCCACGGCACCGGCUGCUAUGGGUGGUUCUGAAGGACAGAAGCCACGCCCACCUGUGGCAUCAUCGGGUUACGCCCCAAAGGCCUUCCAUGUUGAAGACACGCCCGUCUGCUUCUCAAGGAAUUCUUCUUUGAGCUCAUUAAGCAUCGACUCUGAAGACGACUUGCUGCAGGAAUGCAUCAGCUCUGCAAUGCCCAAGAAGAAGAAACAAGGUGGGAAGACAUCUGCCACCACUUCCUGUAUCCCAGCAUCACUUCCUAUGCAAACAGCAUCACUCCCCAGAGAGGAAAUUGGUGAAUCGCAAGUCGAUGAGGCCGGCUGUAGCCCCGCCUCCCCUGACUCAGAGUCCUUUGAUUGGAAGGCGAUCCAGGAAGGCGCCAACUCAAUUGUUAGCAGCUUAAACCAAGCUGCUGCUGCCGCUGCCUGCUUCUCCCGCCAAGCGUCUUCCGAUUCAGACUCUGUUUUGUCCCUCAAAUCUGCCGGGUCACCAUUUCACCUUUCAGCCAAUCGGAGAACAGAACCUGAAGAUGAGGAGGAAGUGGAUGAAGAGGAAGAGGAAGUGGAGGAGGAGGAAGUGGCAAAAAAGAAAGGCAGGCCACGCAUUUUGAAGCCGGAAGACGCGAAGAAGAAAGAGGAACAGGAAGUGAAGUCAGUUAAAGGCGGGAAAAAGGUGUAUCGGAGUUUGAUUACAGGGAAACCGAGGGAGGCGAUGAUAUCAUCAGCAAGCAGGGGGCGGGCCAAGCUGGCUGGCUCCGCCUCCAGAGCUGGGCGAGCCAAUGAGGACGCAGGAGGAAGGGGGAGAGGUGGAACUGCUGCAUCAUCAUCAUCUCGUGAUUCGACGCCAAAUUCUCGCCAAAGUUCAAAUUCGGGCAAUCUGAUUCGUUCUAAGCUGUCGCAGCUGCCUAGAACUGCAUCACCUGGAGGGGCCGGAGCCUCUGCCUCAGGAAUAACGGUGGGCGGGGCUUGUGGAAGCGGGGGCGGAGCCGCCAGAGCUGCGUUUGGAUCCAAAUCACGGCAAAGCAGCGGGAUUCCUAGGAGCGAAUCAGCAUCUAGAUCUUUGACAACAAACAGGAAGCAGCAGGAAAGGGAUUCUAAAAGUAAAGGAGGCGCUGCCAAUCAGGUUGCAGCGAGCUCAGAGGGGGCGGAGCGACAGGAUAAGCCACAGUUGGUUCGCCAGUCAACAUUCAUUAAAGAAGCGCCGAGCCCAACGCUGAAGAGGAAGCUGGAGGAAUCUGCAUCGUUUGAGUCGCUUUCGUCACCAAUGACAUCACCAACAAGUGUCACCGCGACAACAGUGUCAGCAGGGAGCACCGGAUUGGCUGCUGUUAACUGGAGGGCAAAGUCACCGCAGAGCCAAUUAGGAACCGGAGUGUCAGCAGCAGCAGCAGCGCGUAAACAGGAAAUGGGGCGCUCUCAUUCAGAGAGCCCAUCACGCCCAACAGAUGCUGCCUCAGCCAAUCAGGCGGUCGUGAUGUCAUCAUCAACAUCAUCUAGAUUUAGUCGGACAGGAACAUGGAAACGGGAAAACGCCAGCGGCGGUGGGGCAGGAAGUGGAAACGCAAGUAAACACUCGUCUUCGCUGCCACGCGUUGGGACGUGGAAACGGUCAGGGAGUUCAUCGUCUGUUUUGUCAGCAUCUUCAGAAUCCAGUGAAAAGGGGCGGAGCCUGGAUGGUGAGCCCGAGCGGCGGAGGAAGACAGGCUCAGCAAAUGGAAGAAGAGGGGGCGGGACUUGGCGGAAAGGAAGUGGAGGUGAAGAGCAGGAAGUAGCAGCAAUUGGCAGUGACAAAUCUGAAGAAAUUUGGGUGAAAAUGGAGGAUUGCCCUGUGAAUAGCUCACGUUGUAGCUCCGCCUCCUCUUUGCCAACAGCAACCAACUCCCCGCCAGUCAUUGACGGCACCAUAGCAACUGGGAAAACCCCGUCUUCCUCUUCCUGUUCGUCCAUUUCCUCCUCCUGUGCAGAGAUACGUUCGCGUUUACCGCCAGAAAGCAACCUGAAUUUGCGAAAAAGCUGCGAGAGCUUAGACAGGAAGUUGUCAUCAUCGUCUCUGUCGUCACCGGGGGCGUCGGGGGCGUCGGGGGACUUGGCUGGUAAAGUGUCAGAUUUCCCGCCGCAAAGAAAUCAACAGCAACAGCAGCAGCGAUGUCAUCAGCGCGUGGCAGCAGCGCGAGUUAGCCCCUUUAACUACACGCCGUCACCGAGGAAAAGUGCAAAUUCAGAAGGCAGCACAGCCGUUUCCACAGCAACAACAGCAACAUCGUCAACGGCUACCAGGCCGUCCAUGAUCCCGACGCCGGUCGCUGUGACACCAGGUGCAAAACGGCGGGAAACAAAGGGGGAGAAAGAGGAACGAAGUGGUGGCGGCGGCAGCGGGGAGCGCGGCUCGUACAUCGUGACAUCAGUGUGAGAAAACAGGCAGGAAGUGAAGUGCAUUUUUGGCGGGAAAUGUUGGCAAAUGAUAGCAGGAAAAUUCAGAGAUUGGAGCUGGAACAGGAACAGCUGACGCACAGAACGCUCCAACUGGCAGGAAAAAUGAGGAAAAUGUGUAAAUAGCAAAAAUCUUUCAUUCAAGGUGGAAACAGACGCCGCGAGGCCAGAGGUGGGACGGGAUUGGUCAGUGCAGACAAUUGUCAUCAAAUUGGGGUAAAAAGGCAGGAAUGUGUGUAAAUAUUAGUAAAAUCAUUUGGGAAUAACAGUAGAAAACAGCAUAAAAGCACGGCGUUUAACAGGAAGUUUGUGUUUAAAGGAGGAACAGGAUUGGUCUGCAGGAAACAGCCGUCAGUUUUAGAGGAAAAAGGCGGGAAAAUAUGUAAAUAUUAGCAAAAAAUCUGGGGAAAUAGAUGUUAGGUAACAGGAAGUUAACAAAUAAACAGGAAGUGUUGUGUGAGUUUCACUGUACAGCAAGCCAAGUUUAUUUAACAAGAAAGCCCGCCCACUUUGCUAUGCCCCGCCCCCUCUCCAUCUCCCUGUCCUUCAAUUUCUUUGAAUAUUUAAAAAAUCAAAAAAUCUGCAAAUUAGUUUUUUUAUACCACUAAACUGAUGUGUAACGCUUAGCUCCUCCCCUUUCCCCUGUUUCCCUGCAUGCCACGCCCCCUCCCUUAAUGAUGCACAUUACCAUGGUGACAUAACGAUGAUGAUGAUGAUGAUGAUGAUGAUGAUGAUGUUUUGGUAGCCGUAGAAUUGAAAUUCAGACACUAAUUUUCCUCUGUGUUGUGUUUUUGUUGGCCUGUUUUUAACGUUCAGUCGUUCCGAACGCCGCGGCGCCUCCUGAGCACGUAAAGCAACAUGUCACAUGAUUCUACAGGAAACAGGAAUGAUUGAUGAUGAAAUCCGUGUGAAGGAAAGGCGACACGGCUGAUUGGCCUGCAGACGGCCCAGAAAGCUGAACGUCCCUUUUGAUUGGGCGUCUGCCGGUGGACAAAACAUCAAAGUCAAAUUGAAUUCCAACAUCGUUCAUCUGGUUAGAACUGAAAACCAAAUUCAGGUGAAACGAUUUGAAGCGCAGGAAUAAAGCAGAACCUGUCCCGGCGUUCGGAACGGAUCUGAACCGAGGACGCUAACCGCUAACCGCUAACCGGAGGGCUUCCUCUUCUGUUCUUUUCUUUUCUUUUUUUUUUUCUUUUCUUUUGAGUUUCAGGGAUUUUCCCUUGGAGAUCAGCUGGUUUGAAAAAAAAAAUCAAAUUUCCUGCCCUGUUUUGGCAACAAUAACACUGUAAAAAACUUAAAUUAUUACUGUAAAAGUGACUAAACUGCAACUUUAAUGCACAUUAUUUACAACAGUUUGAGUUUUUGCCAAAAAUGUAAACAUCAUGCUUUAUUAAUGACGUCAUGUUGUUCAUGUUUUGUUCUGUCUUUUCCGUUUCACUCGUGUUCGUUUUUCUGUUCAUGUUGGAGGAAAAUUACAAAACGGCAAAAGUUUUGGCAAAAUGUAAAAUGAGACAAUAAACAAUAAAUGUUCAUGUUUUAGCUGCGAA